GGCGCGCGCCGAACGGGGGGCACCGCGCGGGUGCAGCCACGAUGGAAGGGGGUGCGUAUGGAGCUGGCAAAGCCGGGGGCGCCUUCGACCCCUACACCCUGGUCCGGCAGCCUCACACCAUCCUGCGCGUCGUGUCCUGGGUCUUCUCCAUUGUGGUGUUCGGCUCCAUCGUGAAUGAGGGCUACCUCAACAGCCCCUCGGAAAGCGAGGAGUUCUGCAUCUACAACCGCAACCCCAACGCCUGCGGCUAUGGCGUGACCGUGGGCGUGCUCGCCUUCCUCACCUGCCUGCUCUACCUGGCCCUGGACGUGUACUUCCCCCAGAUAAGCAGCGUCAAGGACCGGAAGAAGGCCGUCCUGUCCGACAUCGGCGUCUCGGCCUUCUGGGCCUUCCUCUGGUUCGUGGCCUUCUGCUUCCUGGCCAACCAGUGGCAGGUCUCUGAGCCCAAGGACAACCCGCUGAACGAGGGGACAGACGCGGCCCGGGCCGCCAUCGCCUUCUCCUUCUUCUCCAUCUUCACGUGGAGCCUGACCGCAGCCUUGGCCGUGCGGAGAUUCAAGGACCUUACCUUCCAGGAGGAAUACAACACGCUGUUUCCCGCCUCGGCACAGCCGUAGGCCUGCACAGCUUCCAGAAGCAGGAAGCCCUAAGUAUAUGCCCAGUGGCAAGGCUGAAGGGCGGCCCACUGCCUGGACCAGCCGAGAUGCCAGGGCGUGCAGGGUAGUGGAAGGCUGGCUAGCGGGGCCAGUUAAGGCUCACCACUUCCUCAUCACCUCCUUUGUUGAUUCUUCAUGUGUCUGUUCAUUCAGUAAACAUUUAUUGAGCAA